AAGCGGAGCGGCCGGCAACAGUUUUCUCCAGCACCCAAGAUGCAGCGGGCCCAGGAGGCCAUGAAGACGUCAGACGGCAGCCUCCUGGGUGACCCCGGACGCAGGCCGCUGCGGAAGAAGGAAGGAGUGAAGUGGCAGAGGCCGCGGCUCACACGCCAGGCCCUGAUGCGGUGCUGCUUAGUCAAGUGGAUCCUGUCCAGUGCGGCCCCGCAGGGUUCAGACAGCAGCGACAGUGAGCUGGAGCUGUCCGCGGUGCGCCACCAGCCCGAGGGGCUGGACCAGCUGCAGGCGCAGACCAAAUUCACCAAGAAGGAGCUGCAGUCCCUCUACAGGGGCUUCAAGAACGAGUGUCCCACGGGCCUGGUGGACGAAGACACCUUCAAGCUCAUUUACUCGCAGUUCUUCCCUCAGGGAGACGCCACCACCUACGCACACUUCCUCUUCAACGCCUUCGACGCCGACGGGAACGGGUCCAUCCGCUUUGAGGACUUUGUGGUCGGGCUCUCCAUCCUGCUGCGGGGGACAGUCCACGAGAAGCUCAAGUGGGCCUUCAACCUCUACGACAUCAACAAAGACGGCUACAUCACCAAAGAGGAGAUGCUGGCCAUCAUGAAGUCCAUCUACGACAUGAUGGGCCGCCACACCUACCCUGUCCUGCGGGAAGAUGCACCCCGGGAACACGUGGAGCGCUUCUUCCAGAAAAUGGACCGGAAUCACGACGGAGUGGUGACCAUGGACGAGUUUCUGGAGACCUGUCAGAAGGAUGAGAACAUUAUGAGCUCCAUGCAGCUGUUCGAGAAUGUCAUCUAGGGCACGGGAGGAC